CCGAACGUCGUCCCUUUUCACGGACUCUUUGCAAGAACGUCUGAGGGGGACUGCGGACGAAGACUGUCUCCAUAUAAGCGUGCGGUCUGCUAGUGCAGAAUCCCAGUGCUCCUCCAUGACUAGCCAUGAGCAGAAGAUCUAGCUCUGCGUUUCUUCACGAGCCGGCGCGAUGGCAGACAACAAUCUUGUCUCGCAGCCUUUGACUGAGGUUCGGGAUCUCAAUUGGGUGCUCCUUGUUGAGUUGUUGGUGAGCGGUAUAGUUGCCGUCUUCUUCUUCGGCUACUUCGACCGCCUCUUCGCAACGCUUGUCUCAUACGCCAUCCGCGCGUAUACAUGGCGCAACUUCCACGCCUACAUAGACAUACAGGCUCUUCAGAUAUCUUUGCUUGGAGGCAGGAUUUUUUUCAAGGAACUACGAUAUCAUGCUCAUAACGAGACCAUUGUCGUACAUUCGGGAUACAUAACAUGGAAAUACUGGUACCGCAAAGUCAGAGAUGCCGAGGUCUUCAGUGAAUCUCUUCCAAACAAGUCAUCUACCACGUCAUCGUCGUCGAGAAGUCGUACGCCUAGUCCGAAUCGGACGGAGAGCGGUGGUGUGAAGAAGCACAAGACGGCAUUGCCAUGUCGAAUCCAAAUCAAAGUUGAAGGCGUGCAAGCUUUUCUGUAUAACAGAAGUCCUGUUUACGAUGCAAUCGUCAAAACUUUUGCGGAGGCAAGCAACGCGGAUGACAAAGGUCCUGCCUUUGACGCAAUGGGCCUUGGAAAGUCUACGAGUUCCGAGACAUCGACGAGUGCUACUGGCGUCUUUGAACGAUUAGGGCAUCGCUUUAACCAAUGGCAUAGCCCUGAGAAGGCCAAAGAGACCGGAUCUCAAGACAAAGAUGGUGAGCAAUGCAUUGCAAGCCGUUCAGAGGGAGGACAGAAGCCGCCUAAGCUUCCUACCUUCUUGCAACUUUUCCCAAUCCGUGUUCGUUGCAAAAUUGCCGCCGCUGUGCUGGGAAAUGACAACACCAAAGCGAUCAUUACUGCUAGAAUCGACAAUGCAGAUGGCACCUUUGAUGCGGGCCAUGCAGGACCGCUGGACGUGUACAAACUCCUAUUCAAUUUUGAAUUUGAGAACACAGUCAUCAAAAUGAGGCCAAAUCAUGACUUCAAAGAGCCACAACUCACUAUGGCCGCAGGACUCAAGAACGAAGCCAUGUUUGAGGAUUCCAGCAAAUCCGAAGAACGCCCAAGACAGUCUAAGGUAGCUUAUCGUCGAGCAGCCAUUCUCGGGCGUUUCUUUGGAGCAGGCUCUUCCUCACAGUCUGUCCGGGCAACAUCCGUAGGCCGAGAUACUCGAAAUGGCCAUCAUUUACAAGCGCCAUAUGCAUUUCCUGGACAGGAGAGAUGGCAAGGUCUUACUAGAUAUCUGGAUGAUGAUAUUGUAAACGAACAUGAUGAGUGGGAUCCAAUCGAGUAUGCAUUGUACUCAACGAUUGCUGAGGUUCCUAAAAUUGGGAUGCUGUUCUACUGGGACAUCCCAGGCCUUGUGCCAACUGACCAAGAAAUGCUGGAUACGAGAGACGAGAAUUUGGGCGACAUCAAUGGAUCGACUCCUCCGGCGUACGGCAUGGACCUUCAUGUCUUUGGCGGCACAAUUCAUUACGGGCCCUGGGCUGAUCGUCAACGUAUUCAAUUCCAAAAUAUCUUCUUUCCUCCAACAUUUGCAAAUGCCAUUCCUGCUCGCAACUUGCUACCAGGUGAGGCAAGAGUUUCAACAGUUUUCAAGCUACGUCUCAUUGUUGAGGAGAAUACCACUCUUCGCAUGCCCGUUCGCGAACCCUCAAAGGACUGGAAGUGGAAGGGUAAGGCUGCUAGCUUCAUAAACAAAACUGACACAGAAGCGCAAGGCCCAAAAGGCAAAUGGAAAGGAAAGCGGAAAUCCUUCUGGCGAACUAAAGACAAGGGAACGGCUGGCCCCAAUAUGCGCCCCUUUGCUUGGCUAGAUCUUACCGUAAAAGCAAACACCACUGUCAAUUAUACUGCAGAUAUGCUAGCACGCCCGAGUGGUUAUAAAGCCAAAGUCCAUGUGGAGGUGUCCGGACUCGAGAUUCAAACGAGCGUCAACCACGGCUUGCUAUGGAGGUCUGGUUGUACUCGCAUUGACGCUGAUUUGUCCGUUCCCUUGGGGUGGAACGCCUUGAGAGAAUGGACGUUCAAUAUCACGAACGACGAUCUUGAACUUUUCAUACUCCGGGAUCAUCUGUUCCUCAUGAUUGACAUCAUUUCAGAUUGGAGUUCCGGACCACUGGCCGAAUACUACACAUUCAUACCUUAUAAAUACCUGCUUAAUAUUUGCUUUCGGAAUUUCAGGCUGUACCUCAAUACCAACACGUCCAACAUUAUAGAUGAGCCUGCUGAUUUCGAUAAGAAUCAAUUUGUAGUUUUGUGUGGUGCAACCCUACAAGCAGACGUCAUUAUUCCCCUUGACAAGUUUCGACCUGAGAGGAACGAAAUCUUUUUCGAUGUUUUGGCUAAGGAUCUUGGAUUACAGCUGUGUCUUAGUCCUGGCAACACAGUCGCGGCAUUCCUGGGCCAGAAGAAGGUCGCACUACUAGAUCGAGUCACACUCAAAGGCACUCAUGCCGCGUGGUCCGAGACGUCAACGAACCUAACAGACAGACUAACCUUCGAUAUACAUGGCGAGGGUCUAGACCUUUAUCUUUUCGGCUACGUUGUGGACAGACUUGUCACACUCAAGGAAAAUUAUUUUGGUGAUGACCUCCAUUUCAAAACUCUCGAGGAAUUUCAAGAAAUGAGUCGUGGGAAAGACCCUGCUGCUGAAAGCGAUGCCAAAGCGCAACAAUCGAACCGCUCCAACGAUCUUGAUGUUAUUUUGAUGAUUUCGGCCGAAAAAAUCCGUGGCUACAUCCCCUCAAAUCUCUACGGUGCUGACGAGAGCGUUAUCAUCGACUGUCCAUUCGCUUCUGCAGAUCUACGUCUCAAUAAUUAUUACAUGGAUCUGCAAGUAGACUUCAGUCCUUUAUCUGUGUCACAUAUCGGUAUAGAAGGAGGGAGCACAAAUCCUGUCAAGACGACCAGCGAGACGGAGGUCUUUGUGGCCUCGACCAGCCUUGUCGGGCAUCGCACAUUUGGUCUGCCGCCAAAGGAACCUGAUUAUCUAUGUCUAUGGGAUGUGAAUGUUGGAGCUAUCACUGGUGAAUGCACAGACAAGUUUGUGAAUCUAUUGACGCGUGCUGGAGCUUGCUUUGCUUCAACUUUAGACGACAACGAAAACGCAACUGCUCUUGUUGAACCGAUUGUCGUGCAUGAUAUUCAAUUUCUAAAACUGCGGACACAGGAUAUCAAAGUUUGGUUGCAUGUUGGUUCAGAUGCGCUACUCAUAAGCACCGGACAUGUGGUUGUUGAUAUGAACGACUGGGCCGGGCUUUUCUCUAAGAGAGUCAAGAUUCUCAUUCCAGACUUAGUUGUUGCGCUUGUGGAGGCAAAAUCAGGAUCCAGACACCGCCUCGGCGCAGAUGAGAAUAAACCAAUUCAGACACACGCGCAUAUGCGAACGACUAUAUGCUUUAGCGUUCUUGUCCGCAAAUUGCAGUUCAGUGAGGAAAUGCGGAAGCAGCAGGAACACCUGCUUGAGUCGGAUUCUCGAACACAUCGGACGCCCUUUUUGAUAAGAACACCACAAUCGACGUCGGUUCUUUCCCUGAUGCGUAACCACUAUGAACAGCCUGCAUCAAUUUAUCCUCCAGUCCCGGAACCUCUCACCCACGAAACUCGAAGUGCCUCAAAUGUUUCGUCUCCAGCCGCUUCCUUUUCCCGGCUUUCUUCUAGCUCUUCCUUCAGCUCAACAAGCAAACCCGAUCGGCCAAAAUCCCGUCUCUCUAGGCAAAUUUCCCAAGCAUCCCUUGCUCAAAGCCUGCGUAAGACAGGUGUGCGCUCCCAACGAGACGACCAUUCCCUUGGUGCUGAAAACACGGCUUCAGAAGGUGGCAAUAAUUAUGGAAAAGCGACUAUGGUCAACGAUAAAUAUGGCGCUAAACGUGGUCUCUCAACUUCUUCGGUGGCAUUUUCGAGCUCGCUUGCAGCCCCACGUUUUGCUCUUCAAGGAAUUGUGCCAGAUGCUUCAGAUCUGCCCUCGCCUGAUGACGUGCCACAGAUGCGACAUGACUCAAGUUUACCUGCGUUUAACGAUGUUGUCAAUCGCGAGAUUGACGAAGAAAUCACCCACACAAGCAUCAUUAUCAAUGCUGAGCCUGGCAUACAAUUUUAUUUCAAGCCAGAAGCAAUCUCUGCAGUAGCUGCUUUGCUAGACUUAGUCCUGCCUAAGAGUCCUGACGAGCUUCUUGAUGCGUUACAAAUGCAAGUCGUGAGCCAGCUACUGAACCUCGAGAAGCGGAAGAAGGGAGCGGGUGAGUCUCUCGAGCUCGCUGCUCGUGUCCCUUUUGUCAGUGUUCGCUUCUUGAAUACAUUCCACGGUGCAAAUGUUGGACCAGCUGAGGGCAUUGAUCAAUAUGAAUUUGAGGUCAAAAGCCUUGCCCUUACACUGAAAAACUUAACUCAGCCUGCUUCUCGCCGAGAUAUUGUCAAGGACUCCGUGUUAGUGCACUGUGCAAUCAAUUCUGUGACAUUUCACAUUAAAGAGGCUGCUAAGGGGCGACAGAGUCAAGAACGGUGCUUCUAUGCUCGAUUAGAGGAUCUGUUGCUCUGGUUGAGCACAGCUGAAAAAAACUCAGUUCACAUUUCAUUCCGCAGCUUCGAUGUUGAAGCUUCAAGCAAGCAGAUUGAGCUGCUUGCUGGGGUGGUUCAGCGCGCUUCAUUGCUGAUCAGUGACAGCACGGAGAAAUUAACAGCUCUAUGGCAAAACUAUAAAGAUAGGCAACGAUAUCUUGCAUACAGCCUCACCAUGUCUGGCAAUAGUGUCUCCGACCCUCCUUUCUUGAAUCGUACUGGCAUUGCAUUACGAGUCGCUCCGCACCACAUUCGCAACCACGAUUCGUGGAAGAUCAUAUCACGGUUGAGGUAUAUCUGGCAAAAUAUGUCCGCUGUCGAGAAACAGAGCCUCGCAACCGAGUGUAAGGAAGGCUGCGCGCUGUAUCCGGCUAAUGCUGAGGCUGUUGUGACAAAGAAUUGGGACGAAUGGCGCACUUGGGACCUGGCCCACGUCAAAAGGAGCCAUAUUAUGCAUAUCUUGUACGGGUCAGUCACUGAAGACUCAUCCAUUCCGUCUAAGGAGAGCUCUGCAACAGAACUUCAAAUACGAGGUCGUGCGAUUCGGGUGACUGUUGAUCCUGGUUCAGACGAGACACAGUUUGCCAUCCAUGCAUUGGCCAUCAAUCUGGACCUGUCUCCUCCUCUAUCUCCUUCGGGGCUCAUGCUGAUUCAGACUCCGGUCGAUGUACCUAUUGAAGAUGUUCUUAUGCACGCAAGUGCUAAAUCGAUUACCCUAGGUGUUAACUGGGAAAUCAUCAACCUUGUCGAAUUAGCACUCAAAUUCGCCCAGCAAGAUCUUGAGCAUAUUAUGCUCCGACAAGCAAAAUCAGAUGCUUUGAUGGGCAACACCAUUCAGAAGAAAAUUUGGCGCUCAUUCCAAGUCGUCAUUUCUGUGGGCAACAUCGGGCUCUCGGUUGACACGCCGAACUUAAACGCUUUAGUUGCAAGUAAAGAUUUCAGCCUAUCCAUUGUUGGAACGGACAAAUCAUCUUCAUCGAACGGAAGUUAUGUUAAUGCUCUCUUUCAUGCGGCUCAGUCAUACAUUGAUUUGCGAUCGCACCAACAUCACUUAGCGCAUCUAGGCGCCGAAGCGCCCAAUUUACUGAUCUCGCAUGAUACCAAAGGAAUCACUUCCCAUGAACCGGAUGACCUAAGAUUUGCCGGUACGACCUCCAAUGUCGUGGUUGAGACUAAGGAAGAACUACUUGGUAUAAUUGAAACGAUUGAUAUGGUUGUUCGCCAUGAAGUCGCGUUGGGCAUCCAGAAAUUCUCUAGGUUCAUGCCUGGAUCAUCACCCACUACUUCUACGACUAAAAUGAACACCAGCUCCGGAACCUUACCCAAGAUCACGAUGGCGUUGAUUAUGGAUUCAUAUCGUUUCGACGUGGCUUUGUUUCCAACCCUUAAGUUCUCUAUGUACGGCAAGCUUGGCAGAAUCUCCGUUUCACCGCAAUUUAGAGACGUCAAAUCCCUUGACAUCAAUGUCGAUUUGGGUGAGCGAUCGCAUGAUCUUAUCAGUCGUGAUGCGUUGGGAACGCAUGUGAUAUCCGUUCUCAAUAUGCCACCUCUCAAUGGCAAGAUCAAACUCAGACGAACUCCAGAACGACUUGACAUUGUUGUUUCGAUGAUCAUCGAGACUAUUGUUUUCGAGGCGCACGCUGUCCAUGGCUUGUUGAGUAUUCUCAGCGAGGACGAGGUUACCAGCACGUUUAAAGCCCUGGUAGCAGAUGCCCAAACCCUCAAACAAGACAUUGACGCAGUGUUAUCACAGUCGAAACCACCACAAACUUCCAUAGCUAGGUCGCCAGCUUUGACUGAUACAGUCACGUAUAAUGCUGUAGUUACGCUUGCAGGUAUUCAGAUCAAGGCAGACGCUCCAGGCAAGCUCAUGGAUUCCGGCACAGCAAAACUACUCAUUGCAUUCAACGGUUUGCAUCUCACAGUCUUCAAUACCGCCCCAGAUAGAGGCGAAUUUCUAGUCCUUCCGGAGAUACAUGCCCGAAUGAAAGAGUUCGUUGUGGAUCUGCUGAUCACGGAUAGUCGUGGGACGAGGCGCAGCGGAAAUCUCUCAUUGGCAGCAGCAGUUCAUUGUACGCUGCGAAAGUCUCGCAAAGGACAGAUUAAACGCAACUAUCGUGCUCAGGUCAACUCAGUGCAUGUCAACAUAUAUGCUGAAACUGCAUCAGCGGUAGUUGAUGUCCUUAACCAUCUCCAAGAUCGACUCAAAGAUGUCGACUUGUCCAAGGAGAAGAAGUAUUUGCGCAGAUUACGGCAGCCUAAUCGACGUCCCUCAUCGCACCUCAAGGAAUCAAUGUACUCUGACCUCAGCAUGACUUCUACAGGGUUGCUGGAUUCGUAUAUUUCCGUAUCAUUGAAUGACAUCCAGGUUGUGUGGAUCGUUGGUGGCUCCGUAACUGCCUUCCCAAAAUACAAACCUGAGGAUCUGGUCCUGUCUAUUCGUCUGAUUGAUCUGUCCACGAAGUCUGAAAAUUCGUCAAGUCUUAAGAUCCAAGACUUCCAAAUUCAAAUGGUCCCAUCUGGCGGCGACCGCAUUAGACGAUCACUCAACUCAGCUUUAAUGCCUCAGGUUAUAUUCAACGUCGCUUACGCUUCAACUGAUGAAGAGCGAAAACUUGCAUUCCAGGCCGCAGGGGAAUCUGUGGACAUUGUACUUGAUUCUAAAUUUAUGCUACCAGCAAAUAUGUUACAGCGAUCCAUUGAGUUGGCCAUUGACAAAUUCAGAGAUGUCAGCAUGUCGUGGCAAAUGACGCCUACUGCAUCAGGAGCACAACGGAAAAAACUUCUUGGCGACAAAAGACUGUCAUCCCUUCUCGUCGAUGCGGACUUUGCUGGAGCUGUCCUUCGCCUAAAAGGUAGAGGGCGUGCGCAAAACGCCGCCUUUGCGAGUUCGAUGCCUGAAGCAGAGUAUGAAAAAAAUCGUGGCAGAUACGGCCAAUUUAUCGGUGACGACAAUUCUACCGGAACGAAGAUUGAGACACCAGGACUCGCGAUCAGAGUACAGUAUAAAGAUAAUGGCCUUGAAUCGUCACUCAACGGCGAGAUCAAAGUCAGCGGUUCGUCGAACACGCUCGUACCCACAGUAGUACCUCUUAUUCUUGAAAUCUCUGAUAGUAUCAAGACGAUUGUUGCUAUGAAUGAAAGCGCGCCACAACGACCCACUACCCCAUCAGCGUCGACUACUUUGAUUGAUGAGAACCUUCUUACUGCAGAUCCAAAUGAGCUCCUCGGCGGGACUAGCAUCAAUCUCGGUGUACGUAUUUGCAGACAAGAAUUCAGCCUCAGCUGCCAACCUAUCGCUCGUGUUGCGGCGUCCGCACAUAUUGAUGACAUCUAUAUCACGGCCAAUAACGUUAAAUCUACGGAACACGAUCACUUCAUUGCCGUCUCAGCGCGCUUCGACAAUUUACAAGCCUCGAUACAGCACAUUUAUUCACGGGAGUCGACGUUCAACUUCGCCAUCCAGUCGAUCGCUUUGUCCGUUAUGAACAGCAAACAUCUUAGCGGCAAGGCUGGCCUGUGUGCCGUAGUCAAGGUUUUCCCGAUGCGAACACAGAUCAAUGCCCGUCAAUUGCAGGAUUUCUUGCUCUUCAGGGAAAUUUGGUUACCACCAGAAAUCAGAUCUUCAAGCGCACCCCCAGCCUCGCCGCCAACAGUUGACUCGCAGGAUUAUUUUGUUGCUCGCUAUCAGCAAGUCACCAAUACAGCUGCUUUCCCGUGGACUGCAACACUGCAGAUCGCGGAGAUGAAAGUGGAGAUCGAUAUGGGUCAGUCAAUUGGAAAGGCUUCGUUGUUCAUUGACAAUCUCUGGGCAUCCUCACGAAAAGAUUCGAACUGGGAGCAGAACCUAAUCAUUGGAAUUGGCCAGGUCGGCAUGGAAUGCACUGGAAGAACGAGCGGCUUUGUAGACCUGUCAAAUCUCAAGGUCCGAACCAUGAUUGCAUGGCCGAAACAAGUGCCAGGCCACCGCCGAACCCCUAUGAUCCAGGCGGCCGUAGGUUUUGAGCGGCUCCGCGUCAAGGCAGCUUUUGACUACCAAGCUUUCGGCAUUGCUGACAUCUCUUCGUUUGAUUUCCUCAUGUACAACGUUCGGCCCGACGAUCCAAGGGAGAAGGACCGCUUGGUAGCGAUGCUCGAGGGAGAUAAAAUCCAUGUUUUCUGUACUGCAACCACCGCUGCCCAAUCAGUAGCAUUAUUCCAAGCCUUUGAAAAACUUAAGCAAGAUACGGAAAGCGCUUACGCAAAUUCACUCAAAGAUAUCGAAAGAUUCUUGAGACGGCAUUCGACAACUGUACAAACUCAAGUUGGGACAAAGGUACCGCCACAAGCACGGGUCAAGAAAGAGAAGGGAGAUGCAGCGGAUACGCCCAUCAAUCUGUACACUGAUGUGGUGGUCACGAUCCGCUCCAUACAGGUUGGAGCAUUUCCAUCUGCUUUUUACGACUCGCAAAUAUUCCUCAUCGAAGCUUCAGACGUACAAGCUCGCUUCGCGGCAAUGGUUGAUCGUGGAAAAGUCCGGACAGGAUUAGGUAUGACUCUUGGUCAACUCCAGGUUGCCCUUACUGCGGUCCAACAACCUACCGGACCAAGGACUUUACAAGAGAUUACGGUUGAUGACGUAGUCACAACAGCGGUACAAAGCCGAGGAGGAACAAUUUUGAGAGUUCCGAAAGUCAUUGCAACAAUGGAGACAUGGCAAUCACCAGGCCAAAUGACGAUCGAAUACAUCUUCAAGAGCAGGUUCGAGGGCAAGGUGGACGUAGGCUGGAAUGUCGGUCGUAUCUCUUUUAUUCGCGGGAUGUAUAACAAUCACGCGCGAAACUUAGCUUCUCGUCUCGGAAAGCCCCUGCCUGAGUCUGCAGUCAAGAUAAGAACGGAGCAAAUCCCAUCAGAAGAGGACAAGGCAAAUGCAGAAGCAGGUCGAGAACCAGAGAAGAUCACUGCGGUGGUAAAUGUACCAAUAUCAAAAUACAACUACAUCCCGCUCGAACCUCCCAUAAUCGAAACACCACAGUUGAGAGAUAUGGGCGAGGCAACGCCUCCACUGGAAUGGAUUGGUCUGCACAGGGACAGGUUGCCUAAUGUAACACAUCAGAUUGUCAUCGUGGGAUUGAUGGGCAUUGCAAGAGAGGUUGAAGAUGCUUAUGGCAGAAUUCUCGGCAACAGUUAACCAAGAACUUUUAUGUUUUUCUUUUAAAAAAAUAUUAAUUUUGACCUAAGCAUGUAGGAAUUUAACACAAAGUUUGAAGCUG